CUGGUGCCGAACGGUUUCUGGCAAAUAAAUUCAGUCUUACUGCGCGAGCGCGGCUGUGUUAUUCGGCGACUGUGAUGAGAGAUUGUGGACAGUUUUCCGACAGGUGAUCAGAAGAUAGCAGAUUGUCACGAUGUGUGGGUGCUGCUGUGCUGAGGAGGCUGAGGAAUCCACAUUGAUGGAGCAGCCAGAGGAGAAGAGAGAACUGACCAACCCCAUCAAGAACCGGGGAUGUACCGACAUCAUCGUCCUCCUUAUCUUCAUCCUCUUCUGGGCUGGCAUGAUAUACAUUGCUGUGUUUUCUGUGAUGCAUGGCGAUGCCUUUCGCCUGGUGUAUGGUUACGACAGCUUUGGCAACACCUGUGACGAGGACAACACUGGGCGAUCCAUACCCAAUGUCUCCCUCUCUGGCAUGAACAUGAAAAGCAGAUCAUCGGGAAGGAGAUUUGUGUUUUUUAUGGACAUCAGUAACCCAUCAACCAAGAUGUCUUUGUGUGUAAACAAAUGUCCAGACUACGACCUCAAAUCCAUCAAUGAAGUGCGUGACUUCUCUCAGUCCGAAGGAUCCAUUCUGUGUCGCUACGACAUCAACUUUACGGACUACAAUCAGGCAAAGAUAGACGAAGGCUCUUGUCCCCAAGUGCCAGUCUUGGCCAGUAUCCCUUUGCUGAAUAGGUGUGUUCCAAAGCAUUUGACCAAGUUAGCCAACCAAACCCUAAUCAGACUAUUUGACUCGCUAAAUGAUAGUGACUUAUUCCAGAAAGUACUCAGUGACCUAUACACCAGCUGGAAAGAAAUGAUGGUCCUGUGUUUUGUUGCCUUAGGAUUCGCUGUGUUGAUGGUGCUCCUCAUCAGGUUCUUUGCAGCAUUCAUUGUCUGGGUAAUCAUGGCACUGGCUAUCGUUGGAAGUGUGGUGGCCACUGUGUUCCUGUGGUGGACCUACGCCGACAUUAAGAGUGAUAUGGACUUGAAAAAGGAGACUAAACGCAUUCCACUAUUAGAUGUGGAGGUGGACAAUGAAAAGGCUUUCCUCAUCUUCUCCAUCAUCGCUACUGUCCUCACUGUUAUCCUGCUGCUGAUUCUGCUGGUGAUGAGGAAGAGAAUUGCUCUGGUGGUAACACUGUUUAAAGAGGCCGGAGAGUGUGUCCAGGCUAUGCCCUGUUUGUUGAUACAGCCUUUAUGGACUUUCCUCAUCCUCAUCCUCUUCUUUGUCUACUGGGUCAUUAUUCUGGCCUAUCUCUCUACAUCAGAAAUACCGUCACUGGGAGAGAAUAAUUUUGUACGAUAUGAUGAACAUGAGACAGUGUCCUACCUGUGGUGGUACCAUCUCAUUGGUCUAAUCUGGACCAGUGAGUUCAUCAUCGCCUGUCAGCAGCUUGUCAUUUCCGGGGCUGUAGCCACAUGGUACUUUGCAAGGGACAAGAGCACAGUAAGCUGUCCGCUGUGUAAAUCUAUCAGUCUGCUGGUGUUCCACCACUUGGGAUCUGUGGCCUUUGGAGCAUUUAUCAUCACAAUGGUCAAGCUGCCCCGAAUGAUACUCAUGUAUUUACAGAAGAAGUUUAAGGGAUCAGAGAACCAGUGUGCACAGUACUGUCUCAAGUGUUGUAUCUGUUGUCUAUGGUGCCUGGAAAAAUGCCUGAAAUAUCUCAAUCAAAAUGCAUAUACUGUUGUAGCAAUAAGGGGAACCAAUUUCUGCUCAUCAGCCAAAAAAGCCUUUUUGACGUUAUUCAAUAAUGCCCUCCGUGUGGUGGCUAUUAAUAGCGUUGGGGACUUCAUUCUGAUGCUGGGUAAAAUUGGUGUGAUGGCUGCCACAGCAGCUGUGGGCAUCAUCUGGCUCAAGGACAAGGAGGGCCUCCAUUACUACCCAGUUCCGGUUUUACUGACCUGUGUGUUUGCUUUCUUUGUUGCUCACUGUUUCCUCUCGAUUUACGAGAUGGUGAUUGAUGCAAUAUUCCUGUGCUUCUGUGAGGAUGUUGACAUGAAUGAUGGUUCACCAGAAAGACGCUACUAUGCCAGCCCGUCUUUACAUAAAUACAUUGAAGAGAGCAGUAAAAAGCUAAAUGAAUUGACAAGGGAAGGUACGGUAGAGGAGACGGAACCAGCAAGGUUGUAACCAUAGCAACAGAAAAGCAACCACAGACAGCCUGAUUCACCAAUCAAAUUGGUGCAAGUAUUUCCAGGGAUUAAUAUUCAUAGAAUGUCAUCUUCCUAUGGUGAUUGGCUGAAAAUGAAUUUUCAGUUUCUGUUAAUUUUUAAAAGCUGUGAACUUUAGGAAAUGCACUGUACCUUGUAUUGAAAGAAGAAAAUUAUAUAAAAAAAUAAUUUGGGGAAUGGUAUUUUGUCUGAAUAUAAGUGUUAUAUGAUGCUGCGCUAGGAUGGAAGCUGAGGUGUGGGUGUGUAGUGUUUUAAAUGCUGACUGCUAUAAACAGUUUUAGAAAUUGCUGAACAAAUUAAAAAUCAUAUAUUUUUCGUACCUAGGAGAACAAUACUGACCAUUUAUUCAUUGACAAACAGCUUCAAUGUAUGUUUUUAGAAUAAUCUCAAAUCAGUAAGAGUAACGGACAACAUUGAAGAUGCAGAAGUGAUUUGAUAGCAAAUAAAGCCAAAUGUGACAACCCAAGGGAGAGUACUCUGUACAAUUUUUGAACUAAAAGGUUGUAUUUAGCUGUUUAAUAGCCAUGGACUGGAGCUGAAAUCAAGUGCACUAACAUAAAUUCGGCCAGGGGCUUGGUACAUGUGCACUAAAAUAUACAUGACCAGGGGUUAUGUGUGCACAUACGUUGAUUUUACCAGGGACAUUGCACAUAUGCAGUUACAUAACUUUGGUCAGACUAACUAGGGCAUGAUGCAUUUAAUUUCUGAUUCAUAGAUAAUGUUGAAAGCAAAUGCUUACUUUGAAUAUUGGAUGUGUCAUAACUUUAAAUAACUAUAAAAAUGAUACACAUUGUAUUACAUAUUGUAUGCAUGUUUUGUAUGAUCCUAGGUUUUUAACAGCGUGAUUAAGAUCAUUAAAAUGUGUGAAUUUUGUCAAUAUUUGAUCACCAACCUGAACCAUUUUAUAAAUGACAAAGUAAUAAAUGCUUAGGACUUAUAUUGUACCUAGCUGUUUUAAUGCCCUAUGUGUAUAGUUUAUAAAAAAAAGAAAUACCUGCUGUUACUUCUAUACAAAGCAAGACCUGUAUCUUGUUUUCUGCUUAGGUUUCGCUUUUGAUAUGCAUAUUGUAUCAAAUUGUAAUAUUGGGGUAAAAUAGCAACUGAAUUUUAAUUUUAUGCUUUCUAUUUUCAAAAGAAAAUCAAUAUAUAGAUAAUUAAACAAAUUAUGAUAACAAAUCUGCUGUGAAUUGAUUAGCUUGUUACUGUUUUGAUGGUUUUGGUUGAGAAUGUGAAGAAUUUUUGUGGUUUAUAAUCUCCAAAUGUCAGUGACAUGUAGACACAUAUAUACUUUUAUUUUGUAUUUUAUAUGCUGGUUGUACUAGUCUUACCAAGCUGGAAUAAUUUGCCAAGUGACUGGGUUGCUAUUUAUGUUAUACAUUUAUUUCAUCAUUGUAACAUUAUUUUUUCAUCAUCGAUGAUGUAUUUACCUAUUUCGUGAUCAAGGUAGUGAAAUCUACAAAUAAAAAUUCUUCUGCCAAGUAUCAGACUUAGUUGACUGUAAAUAACAUUGCUAUACAGAUUUUCGCAUUUAGAUAUUUACCUGAUACUGUUUCUGAAAUUUUGUGACAUUGUAGUUUUAUGGAAAUCUGAAAUUAUAAGUUUCCUGAUGAAAACCUGUCCGUAAAAGAGAUUUUCAAAUCAAAUUGAGAGGUUGUUUAUUAACAUGUUUAUUUAAUUGGAUUAAGACUGUUUUCAGGUGUCUUUAAGGUUCAUGACAACAAUAAUGAUGAAUUUCAGGUGCUCUUUCUCCCAUAACAUUUAUAUAAAAGGGGAAACUAAUGUGUGGUUAUAUGUAACCAUUACCUGGAGGUGUUCCAAAUGACCCCAGGAGUAGAUAAACAUAUAAAGAUUAUGGUAGAAAUGUGCAUUUACUGAUAAUAUAGGUUUAUUUCUUAUGUUCAGAGUCCUUUUCAUAUAUCGGUUAUACAUUAUUCCUCAUCUGAGCCUUUGAUUCACUUUUAACCAGCACCAGGCAGCUGAAAUAGUUUCCAAUGGCUUGGCUGGAAUCAUGAAAUUUGUCCUACACUAACUUUUAAUUGCUUGUGUAAAGUUUUCCUUCUGUCGCUAACCAUCCU